AAGCCACUUGUUUUGACGUGGGGAAUUUUGGUCUAAGGAAUCAUUGUCUUCCUGUUGAACUCUGAAGCUUACAAGAAAGUUACGCCCAUGACCCAUGUUUGAGUUUUUUGGGGAAACAGCUUUGAUGAAGACUGAAAUGAAUUCCCUGAAAAUGAUGUUUGAUCAUACAAUAUCAAUCAACCAAAACAGAUUUGUAGGUGGCUGCUAGCUUAGGUAAGCUCAUGCAUGUGAAGGUGACAGCCAAGACUCAUGUAAAUUAGAAGCGAAAGACCAUUGCAAAGAACCUUAAGAGAGACAUGGAAGCUGUUUUACAAACCAGAGGGCUUCUUUCAUUGCCACCAAACCCAACCAGAGUCAGAAGCCUUUUGAACCCAUCACAAGGCUUAAAGCAGAGGCUUUUUGCUUCAAAAUCCUUAGGCCUUAAUGGGUUAUCUCUAUCUUAUAAAAGAGUUCCAAGCGUUGUUUCAAAACCAAAUGGUUUAUCCCCAAAAGAAAAGAACUUUAUUUGCAAGGCUGAGGCAGCUGCUGCAUCUGAUGGGCAGCCUCUGUUUGGGGAAACUGAGAAGCCAAAGUUCUUGGGUAUUGAGCUUGUGACUCUUAAGAAGAUUGUACCACUUGGGUUAAUGUUCUUUUGUAUCCUUUUCAAUUAUACAAUCCUUAGGGAUACAAAGGAUGUCUUGGUUGUGACAGCUAAAGGAAGCAGUGCAGAGAUUAUACCAUUUUUAAAGACAUGGGUUAAUUUGCCUAUGGCUAUUGGGUUCAUGUUGUUAUACACAAAGUUGGCUAAUGUGUUGUCAAAGAAGGCUCUUUUCUAUACUGUUAUUGUUCCUUUUAUAGCCUUUUUUGGUGCAUUUGGAUUUCUGAUGUAUCCUCUCAGCAAUUACAUCCACCCUGAAGCUCUUGCUGAUAAGCUUCUUGCAGUUCUUGGACCAAGAUUUCUUGGCCCUCUUGCAAUUAUGAGGAUUUGGAGUUUCUGUUUGUUCUAUGUCAUGGCUGAACUUUGGGGCAGUGUCGUUAUUUCUGUUCUAUUUUGGGGGUUUGCCAAUCAGAUAACUACCGUAGAUGAAGCAAAAAGAUUCUAUCCUCUGUUCGGACUUGGAGCCAAUAUUGCCCUCAUUUUCUCUGGUCGAACUGUUAAGUACUUUUCUAAUUUGAGGAAAAAUCUGGGUCCUGGAGUUGAUGGUUGGGCCAUCUCCUUAAAGGGCAUGAUGAGCAUUGUGGUGCUGAUGGGGCUUACAAUUUGCUUCCUUUACUGGUGGGUGAAUAAGUUUGUUCCUCUUCCCACACGUAGCAAGAAGAAGAAGGAAAAGCCUAAAAUGGGAACAAUAGAGAGCUUGAAAAUCUUGGCAUCUUCUAGGUACAUUAGGGAUCUUGCCACUUUGGUGGUUGCGUAUGGUAUUAGCAUCAACCUUGUUGAAGUUACCUGGAAAUCAAAGCUCAAAGCUCAGUUUCCAAGCCCAAAUGAAUAUUCCUCCUUCAUGGGUGACUUCUCAACUGCCACUGGAAUAGCGACUUUCACUAUGAUGCUACUAAGUCAAUUUAUAUUUGACAAAUACGGAUGGGGGGUUGCAGCAAGAAUUACACCUACUGUCCUGCUUCUAACAGGAGUCGGCUUCUUUUCCUUGAUACUAUUUGGUGAUCCACUUGGACCGGCUCUUGCAAAGUUUGGCAUGACUCCUCUUCUUGCAGCUGUAUAUGUGGGUGCUAUGCAAAACAUUUUCAGCAAGAGUGCAAAGUACAGUUUAUUUGAUCCAUGCAAAGAAAUGGCAUAUAUUCCUUUGGAUGAGGACACCAAGGUUAAAGGGAAGGCUGCCAUUGAUGUUGUCUGCAAUCCACUGGGGAAAUCAGGGGGUGCUCUGAUUCAGCAGUUUAUGAUCUUGACCUUUGGAUCACUUGCGAGUUCAACCCCGUACCUUGGAGGGAUACUUCUGGUGAUUGUUCUUGCAUGGCUAUCAGCAGCCAACUCUUUGGAUACCCAAUUCACUGAAUUGCGUAGGGAAGAAGAACUUGAGAAGGAGAUGGAAAGAGCAGCUGUUAAGAUCCCAAUUGUGUCUGAAAGUGCAAGUGAAAGCGGAAAUGGCUAUCUUGCCAGUGGUUCAUCACUAAACUCAGCAGCAGGUGACUCGACUGGAAGUCCAUCUGAAACAUCAACUCCAAGCAAUAUCUAGAAAAUAAUUCUUCCAUUUGUUGUGGAACAGGAAGAAUGAGAAGCUGAUAAGAAGCAGUGCUAGGCGACUUUUUCUUUUAGAAUUUGCUUUAUCAAUAGAUAGAAUAAUAGCUAAAAGCGAAAAUGCAUCUUUUUUCUUCUUCUUUUAAAUCUACCUUUUCCUCACAUCUUGAGCUUAUUGUUUAUUUAUUUACUUAUGUCUAUCCUGUAGAAUUCCGUUUGGAUUCACUUCAAUUAAAACCCCUUUUUGAUCUAAA